AUGGUUUCCCACCUUACUUUGAUUAUAUCACUGGUUUGUCUGUUGUAUCUUUGCCACUUUCAUGUCGAAGCGAAUUCUCGACCAUUUCAAAAGCAAUCAUGUUGGAUGUGUGAUGCACCGCGAUGCGACAAGUGCGUAACAAGUCAGUGGACCACAUGGAACCAGUGUUCAGCUCCGUGUGGGUUAAACGGCUAUCAGUCAAGAAAUAGGGUCGUGCAUCAGCCGUCGUCAUGUGGUGCUGGAUCGUGUCAGAAUUUAAUAGCAAAGGAGUGGCGACCAUGCAAUCGUUGGUGUCAAAAUGGCGGGACCCCCGCUCGAUGGGGCUGCCAGUGUCCGCUUAACUACAUCGGUGACUGUUGCGAAACAGGUCAGCACACUAUGAAAUUAAUUUUAGUUACAUAACGCAAGAUUCCUUUAAAACUUAAAGUCCUUUUUUUCCCCUUUACAAUUUAAGUAAACUUGGAUCAUAAUCUCUAGAUGAUAAGUAAGUUUUUAUUCCAAUGUUCGAGUUGCUACAUGUUCAUUAUCGGUGUAAAAAAUUUCCAUGCAGGUGCCCGCCGUUCUCUCAGUAAGCCAGUGCAGACAUGUUAAGAGGUGUCAAGGAUAAUAAAAGAUCUAUUUCAAUUACAUCAGUCAAUUCUGAUAAAACUGAUUGAAGAGAAAAGCUUUAUUUUAAGGGAAAGUCUACUAAUCCACUUCUUUCGCGCUGAUUUAAUGAAAAAGAAUUUUUCAUUUUUGUUCGAAAAAUUGUGAAGAACGAUUUUAAUCUUAUCGGAUUAGCAGGAUGUUUCACUAAGCUACUUGUUAUUUAUACAAUUACCCUGAAAAACAAGCCUUGGCUGAGGAUCAUGAUUAAUAUUUGGACUUAACAAUGGUAUGCAAAAUAAUACUUGUCGUGGGGAACUCUACCUAAUAAAAUUGAGAAAAAAAAUGACAUCAGAAAUAUAAUUGUUACUGUAAGCACACAUUUGCUCCUCAAGACACUGUCACAAUUUCUUUUUGAACAAUCCACAGUCUUGAGUAGUGAACCUAGUUUCAACGUUUCGUAUUAUCUGUGUGUAACAUAAAUGGUUUGAAUCCAGGUCAGGAGUAAAACUUGUUCAUGUGGUCUGAUCUUCUUUGAGAGAGUAGGUCCAAAAAGGAUUGCUGUCGGUAGCAGUGACUGACGUUUUGACAACCUUAAGAGGAAGUCAACAUUAGAGUCUAGUUUAAUUAAACAAACCAUCUUCCCUUUACCGGUAUUGAUUACAAUUACUUCAAUUUUGACACCAAUCACAUUUUACUGAGGGAAAAAUAAAUUCUACGCUGUGCAUUAUGUUAAUUAUUUACAUAUAUUUUUAUUUUUCAGCAUACCUCGGAUGGAGCAAGUGGGGAGACUGGGACCCAUGUAGUAAGACUUGUGGUGGUCCUGGUGUCCAAAAACGCAUGCGUGUGUGUGUUGGGCUCCUGCCAAUCAACUCUACAACUUGUGACAGCGUGUGCCCUGGUUCAAAUAUUGAAACAAGAGCAUGCAAUACUCAUGAUUGUCCAGGUUUGCGAAUUGAAGAUUUAUACGAAGGAAGCUAAUGGAGCUAAGUCACAUAAAAAUUACUUAUCAAGAAACUUACUGAUUUGGUACAAUUUUCUUUUCAGUUGAGUACAAUUCACUUGGUUGUUUUAAAGACAGUACUCCCCACGCCCUCCCGUUACUACUAAAAAGCUUCCGAAACAAUAUCGAUUGGAAUGACAUGACGAAAGUCGUUCGAGCAUGCGCAGAGAUCGCCAAAGAGCGUGGCCUUCCCAUAUUUGGAAUCCAGUUUUACGGCGAAUGUUGGAGUGGACUGGACGCCGAAAACACGUACAAUAAGUACGGACCUUCCGAAAACUGUUGGAAUGGAGUGGGAAAGAAGGGAACCUAUCAUGUGUACAAAAUAUGA